GAAAGGUAACUAGCCCCUUUAUGCUUAAAAAAGCAAAGGGAGAUCGUGGGCAGCCCUGCAGCCUCUCCUUCCCCACGCCUGGACCAUGCACCCCUGCAUCUUCCUGCUCGGCCACAGGCGAGGACUUGAUUUCUUGAGCUGAGAGCUAAAACUUGUUGACUUUUCUUCUCCCCAACAACUGAAUCAUGCCAUGUGCCCAGAGGAGCUGGCUUGCAGACCUCUCCGUUGUGGCUCAGCUCCUGAACUUUGGGGCCCUUUGCUAUGGGAGACAACCCCAGCCGGGCCCGGUGCACUUCCCGGACAAGAGGCAAGAGCAUUUUAUCAAGGCCCUGCCGGAAUACCAUUUGGUGGCCCCUGUCCGAGUAGAUGCGAGCGGGCAUUUUCUGUCAUAUGGAUUAUACCAUCUGGUCUCCAGCAGCAGGAGGAAGAGAGAUUUGGAUGAUCCUGAGGACCGAGUGUAUUACAGAAUUUUACAUGAGGAGAAGGACCUGCUUUUUAACUUGACAGUCAAUCAGGGAUUAUGUUCCAAAAACUACAUUGUGGAGAGGAGAUAUGGGAACCUCUCCCAUGUUAAGAUGGAGGCUUCCUCCGGUCCCCCCUGCCAUCUCAGGGGCACAGUUCUGCAGCAGGGCACCAGAGUUGGGACUGCAGCCCUCAGUGCCUGCCACGGACUGAGUGGAUUUUUCCAACUACCACAUGGAGACUUUUUCAUUGAGCCUGUCAAAAAGCACCCGCUGGCUGAGGGAGAGUACCACCCACACAUCGUGUACAGGAGGCAGAGGCAGGGCGUCCCAGAGAUGAAGGAGCCAACCUGCGGAUUAAAGGACAGCCUUGGCAUCUCCCGGAAGCAAGAGCUACAGCGAGAGAAGUGGGAAAGGAACAACCUGCCAAGCAGAAGCCUCUCUCGGCGUUCCAUCAGCAAAGAGAGAUGGGUGGAGACGCUGGUGGUGGCUGACACGAAGAUGGUUGAGUACCACGGGAGUGAGAACGUGGAGUCCUACAUCCUCACCAUCAUGAACAUGGUCACCGGCUUGUUCCACAGCCCAAGCAUUGGCAAUGCAAUUCACAUUGUUGUGGUGCGGCUCAUUCUGCUUGAAGAAGAAGAGCAAGGAUUGAAAAUAGUUCACCAUGCAGAGAAGACACUGUCCAGCUUCUGUAAGUGGCAGAAGAGCAUCAACCCCAAGAGUGACCUCAACCCUGCCCAUCACGAUGUGGCCGUCCUUCUCACCAGGAAAGACAUCUGUGCUGGUGUCAACCGCCCUUGUGAGACCCUGGGUCUGUCCCACCUGUCGGGGAUGUGCCAGCCUCACCGGAGUUGUAACAUCAAUGAAGACUCUGGACUCCCCCUGGCUUUCACAAUUGCCCAUGAGCUCGGACACAGCUUCGGCAUCCAGCAUGAUGGGAAAGAAAACGACUGCGAGCCUGUGGGCAGGCACCAGUACAUCAUGUCCCGCCAGCUCCAGUACAACCCUACCCCGCUGACAUGGUCCAUGUGCAGCAAGGAGUACAUCACCCGCUUCCUGGACCGAGGCUGGGGAUUCUGUCUUGAUGACAUCCCCCAAAAGAAAGGCUUGAAGUCCAAAGUCAUUGCCCCUGGAGUAAUCUAUGAUGUUCACCACCAAUGCCAGCUGCAGUAUGGCCCCAAUGCUACCUUCUGCCAGGAAGUAGAAAAUGUUUGCCAGACGCUAUGGUGCUCGGUGAAAGGCUUUUGUCGCUCCAAGCUGGACGCCGCUGCAGAUGGGACACGAUGUGGCGAGAAGAAGUGGUGUAUGGCUGGCAAGUGUAUCACAGUGGGCAAGAAACCAGAGAGCAUCCCUGGAGGCUGGGGCCGCUGGUCACCCUGGUCCCACUGCUCCAGGACCUGCGGGGCUGGAGUUCAGAGUGCAGAGAGGCUUUGCAACAACCCAGAACCAAAGUUUGGAGGGAAGUACUGCACUGGAGAAAGAAAACGCUACCGCUUGUGCAAUGUCCACCCCUGUCGCCUGGAUACACCAACAUUUCGGCAGAUGCAGUGCAGUGAAUUUGACACCGUUCCCUACAAGAAUGAAUUCUACCACUGGUUUCCAGUUUUCAAUUCAGCACAUCCCUGUGAGCUGUACUGCCGACCCAUAGAUGGCCAUUUUUCCGAGAAAAUGCUGGAUGCUGUCACUGAUGGUACCCCUUGCUUUGAAGGUGGCAACAGCAGAAAUGUCUGUAUUAAUGGCAUAUGUAAGAUGGUGGGCUGUGACUAUGAGAUUGACUCCAACGCCACGGAGGAUCGCUGCGGUGUGUGCCUUGGGGAUGGCUCCGCCUGCCAGACCGUGAAGAAGAUGUUUAAACAGAAAGAAGGAUCUGGUUAUGUUGACAUUGGACUGAUUCCGAAAGGAGCCAGGGACAUACGGGUAAUGGAGGUUGAGGGAGCUGGAAACUUUCUGGCCAUCAGGAGUGAAGACCCCGAAAAAUAUUACCUCAAUGGAGGAUUUAUUAUCCAGUGGAAUGGGAACUACAAACUGGCGGGGACCAUCUUUCAAUAUGACAGGAAAGGGGACCUGGAGAAACUGAUGGCCACAGGUCCCACCAAUGAGUCAGUGUGGAUCCAGCUUCUAUUCCAGGUGACCAACCCUGGCAUCAAGUAUGAGUACACAGUCCGGAAGGACGGCCUUGACAGUGACGUGGAGAGGCUGGUGUACUUCUGGCAGUAUGGCCGCUGGACAGAGUGCAGUGUAACGUGUGGGACAGGUAUCCGCCGCCAGACUGCCCAUUGCAUGAAGAAGGGUCACGGGAUGGUGAAAGCUACGUUCUGCGACCCAGAAACACAGCCCAAUGGGAGACAGAAGAAGUGCCAUGAAAAGGAUUGUCCACCCAGGUGGUGGGCAGGGGAGUGGGAAGCGUGUUCGGCCACAUGCGGGCCCCACGGAGAGAAGAAGCGGGUGGUGCUGUGCAUCCAGACCAUGGGCUCCGACGAGCAGGCUCUCCCAGCUGAAGACUGCCAGCACCUGCUGAAGCCCAAGACCCUCAUUUCCUGCAACCGAGACAUCCUGUGCCCAUCGGACUGGACAGUGGGCAACUGGAGUGAGUGUUCUGUUUCCUGUGGUGGUGGAGUGAGGAUUCGCAGUGUCACAUGUGCCAAGAAUCAUGAUGAGCCUUGUGACAUGACAAGGAAACCCAAUAGCCGAGCUCUCUGUGGCCUCCAGCAGUGCCCAUCUAGCCGGAGAAUUCUGAAACCCAACAAAGGCACAAUUUCCAAUGGGAAAAAGCUACCAACACCUGACCCCUUCAAGCCCAUCCCUCCAGCUACACCCACUCCCAGGAUGCUGACCACACCCAGUCCUGGGAUGCUGACCACACCCACUGUGCCUGGGUCUAUGAGCACAAGUACUCUGGCAAUCAGCAGCCCUGGUCCUACCACAGCCUCCAAAGAAGUCGACCUGGAUGGGAAACAGUGGCAGAAUAGUUCAACUCAAAGUGAACCAGGCUCCUAUGAUGUCAUUUCCAUUGGAAGUACUUCCCAGCCCAUCGUCACUUCCCAGUCUAUGAGUAUCCAGCCAAAUGAAGAGAACGUUUCCAAUCCAGACACUGGCCCUACCUCAGAGGGAGACCUUUUAGCCAUGACAAUGAGUGAUUCUGAUUUAUCAACUUCCAGCAACCCUGUGACUUGGCAGGUGACUCCAUUUUACAAUCCCUUGACCAAAGAACCAGAAAUGGAGAUUCAUAGUGGCUCAGGGGAAGACAGUGAACAACCUGAGAACAAAAAUGAAAACAACUCUGUGACAUGGACCAAGAUCAGAGUAGCCGGAAAUGAUGUUUCAGUGGAAAGAAGUACAGAAAUGCCACUUGGACCUCCGCCAACGCCUUAUCUUAGGGGGGCAUCCUUGUGGCCACCCUUCAGCACAGUGUCAGAAGGACUGCUUGCCACCCAAAGGCCCUCCACUCUCAAAAGUGCUGCACCCAGAGCUGAGGGGAUGGUCACUGAAAAGCCAGCUAACCCUCUGGGAGGAGAUCGCCAGCCAGCAUCCUCAGAAAAGUCAGUAAACCAUCACCCCCCAGAACUUUCAAGCAACAUGAAUCUAACACAGAGUUCUGGAGCAGUUUUGACUGAGGAAGAUGCAACAAGUCUGAUUGCUGAGGGGUUUUUGCUGAAUGUUUCCAAUUACAAGCCACUCUCCACAGGCCACAGUCCUGCCCAGUGGAUUGUUGGAAACUGGAGUGAGUGCUCUACCACGUGCGGGCUGGGGGCCUACUGGCGCAGCGUGCGGUGCAGCACCCACCAGGACUCAGACUGUGCCGCCCUUCAGAGGCCGGACCCGGCUAAGAGAUGCCACCUCCGUCCCUGUGCUGGCUGGAAAGUGGGGAACUGGAGCAAGUGCUCCAGAAACUGCAGCGGGGGCUUCCAGAUCCGGGAGAUUCAGUGUGUGGACAGCCGGGACCACCGGAGCCUGAGGCCCUUUCACUGCCAGUUCCUGGCUGGCAUUCCUCCUCCACUGAGCAUGAGCUGUAAUCCGGAGCCCUGCGGGGAGUGGCAGGUGGAGCCAUGGAGCCAGUGUUCCAGGUCCUGUGGAGGCGGGGUUCAGGAGAGAGGAGUGACCUGUCCAGGAGGCCUCUGUGACUGGACGAAGAGGCCCAUGUCCACCGCGCCCUGCAACGGGCACCCUUGCUGUCACUGGGCUACUGGGAACUGGGACCUGUGCACUGCUUCCUGCGGAGGUGGCUUUCAGAAGAGGACUGUCCAGUGUGUUUCCUCAGAGAACAAUAAAACUGAAGACCAAAACCGAUGCCUGUGUGAUCACGAACCCAGACCACCAGAAUUCAAAAAAUGUAACCAGCAGGCUUGCCAGAAGAAUGCUGAUUUACUUUGCACCAAGGACAAGUUAUCAGCCAGUUUCUGCCAGACAUUAAAAACCAUGAAGAAAUGUUCUGUGCCCACCGUGAGGGCUCAGUGCUGCCUCUCGUGUUCUCAGACACACACCGCCCACACCGAACGGCCGAGAAAGCGGCAGACGCUCAAAAACCACAAAGCCCCCUAAGUCCAGAAGGAAGCCACCGUCCACCAUGGACUGCUGCAGCCUGCUGACCGUGACCUGUUCUAGCCCCAGGGACCACUUCAUUGAGGUUUUACUUAUGUAUUUCAGGUUCAGCCUUGACUCAGAAUGAAACCCAUUGUUCCUUUAGCCACAAAAUGUCCCUCACAGGAGGCAUGGCUCUGUAAUACACACUGCUCCCCGAUAGGCAGGUGAGGUACCCAGGAGAAACGGGCAUCUCCUGGGAUCAGCUCCUGGGAAAGGUGCCAAGUUAGGCAAGUCUGUGAAAUGAGGUCUUUUUUCCCUCCAUUAAAGAUAAAAAUCAGAGAGACCAGAUUUUUCCCAGACUACCUCAAGAGUGUCAGGAAGCAGAGCCACACUUAUCCAGGGAACAAAUAAUCUUACUAAUUGGUGAAAUCAUCCUUUUUUUUUUUUUGCCUCCCUACUUGGGGCAGCUGCUGUUUAAAAUGUUACUGGAGAUCUUUUAGGGACAAUCUUUCAGUUCAUCCAGGCAGGGGACCACUUUCUUCACCCAGUGUCCAACUGGGCAGGAAGAGAAAGUGCUGGCUACACCCUCAGUCUGUCCCUAAUCCCUGUGGACUCCACAUCUGGGCUGUUUGGCUCCCAUGCCUACCUGGAGACACUCAGAGAGGAGGAAAUGGGCAGGCACUGUAGGAUUUAGGAAACCUAAGGGAUUUAAGUUAGUUAGAAGGAAGGCAUUUUUGACUUAGGGAUAAUUUCUAUGAAAACUCUUAAAAAGCAGAUGAACAUAAAUCCAGGAAGGAAACAUGUUUUUUCUUCCCACUUCCCUGGCAGAUAUCCAUUUCUUUGCAGAAGGGCAAAUGAGUCUUCCCAUCUGACUCUCCCUUCUUGAGCAUCUUCCCUGCCUGAGUCAUCAGCUCAGGGUGAAAUGUCUUUUCAUUCCCGGGGGGUUUGCACAGGACAACUCUACAGCCACAUCCAUGGCUGCAACCCACCCCCCGUCAGCCCCAGCCUGCCCUCAGGUUGGAAAAUGGAGCUCUAGAUUAAAAUAUUUCCAAGAACCGGGCCAAUGGUAUUAAGUACAAAAACUUAGUGUAAAGUUCUAGUCUCAGGAAAAGAUGCCCUACUUUCUAGAACACCCAGUAGUUACUUGCAAGGAUCUGUUUCCUUGCAGAGAACAGGUGAGUCAGGGAGUCCAAAAAAGUGUAAUAAAAGUUAGAAUGCUUAUUCUGGAUGUUCCUAUCACUCAUCAGGAGGCAAAGUAGGCUGUGGUCACAAGUUCAAGGUGAAUUUUCCUGGUUUCUAAGGAGAGGUAUUCACAUGAACUGAAGCUGGAAAACGAGCUAGGAGCCAGGGCGGCGGUGGGGGUGCUGGCAGGGUACAUUGCAGAAUGAAGCUUCCAGGGAAGGAAGACCUCACACCUGGUUCUUGGCAGAGGGCAAGACAGCAUGUCUUCAGACUGGUGCACAGGUACAGUUAGCAUGGAGCACAGUGUCCCACACCUCCCUUGAAUUAUCCUUUCUAUCCAUUCAGCAGAAUGGUGCUAUUGGAAAAUGGUGCUAAUAUCUAGAUGGUGGCAGGACUAAUAUAAACAGAUAAGUAGAUGUACAAGCGGGCAAGUCCAUAUACAUCUUGUGUUAAAUGCGUAAUGGUGUUGCUGGCCAAUGCCACUUCUACUGCUUGGAUACCAGAGGCUUAAACAUUUUGUAUUACGCGCUUUUUUUUUUCCAAGCCAUUACUGUGUAUUAUUCUGAUAAAUUCCUGUGGAAAAUAAGACACGGGUCGGGAUGAAAUUUGAGAUAGACCAGAAACAGGAGGAAAGUAGAAAUGUUUACCAAACCCAGGGAAUUUAUUUCUAGGUAAUAAUUACUUGUUCUUGUAUUCUCUGUUUUUAAAUAUAAACAUUGCCGGCUGAUGGCAGUCUCUGGUGAAAUAACAGUCUUAGAGAGAAGGUGUUUAAACUGUCAGUGAUGGGAGUGGAAGAGAACCUGAUUUUUUUUUCCUGAUGAGGAAAUUGGCAGAGACUGUCCCUGAAGCAUAGUAUAGGCUUUCAGGGGGAUUCAUUUAGUAAGCCAGAUGGAUCUAACUUACCCUGGUGCUCUGCUCUCCCAGGCUUCUGCAUGUCAUUGGAGACCUAGAUCUGAUCAGUCUUACAGAACUCAGGAACAAACCCAGAUUCCUACUGACCUCAGCAAACUAAACUGGGCCAGGUUUCCCAAUAUACAAAAUGUUAUUUAUGACCCACAGGGAAAAGAUGGUGGAAAUGGAAGGAGGGUCUGGCCAGGUGCUCCAUUCUAGGCCUUUCUCUAGUUUCUCAAAGGCAGAACAGUGGCCCCUAAUCCUGCAUCAUGGACAUUCACUUCCCGUAUUGAGGCUGUGUUGUGAGACAGUUGUGUGGCAUCUGUCAUUCUAGACCCCAGGAUAAAGAUAGCGCUGGCUACUGGAGUCAUCUGACAUGGUUGACACCUUGACGGGUCCCUGUGCCUGAGAAAAGAGAGGGGCCUUACAUUAACAGGGAGACUCUGAAGACAAGAACCUAGAUGGUGUCUCACCAUUUUUGGGUGCUCGCGGGGGUCAGUAUGAAGUAGCCUUGUUGGUGUUUUCAUACAUGGCCUCCUUUCCUCCCGCCUUGAACAAGCAAGUGAGAAGAGAAGUAUGGCGAGAAACACUGGAUACACGUCUACCAUGAACCACAGAGGGCCGCCACAGGGCCUGGUGCUUCAACACAUGAAGGUUCUCAAACCCAGUUUGGUUUACAUUGCCUUUCACGCUGGUAAAUGUAGCUCUUCUCUGAACCGUAUGGGUUAAUUUAAUUCUUCAACACUGAAGUAUAAUUCAGCACACUAUGAGAAAACAAUAUUUCAAAAGACUAAAUCGUGAUUACUUUCGUAAAACAGGAAGUCGUUUUGUGAUACAAGCAAUUGCCUCUCUGUCGGAAUGACUUAUUUUAAUGUUGGGUUUUCUUAAACAAGAGUGCACCUCCGUCCAGUCUGACACCAAGUCUCUACUUGGUGGUGUCAUCCCAAUGUGAUGCUUUCGGAUGUUUAGUGACUGUUUUUGAUAACCCUCAAGUUUCUGGAACACAAUUUGAGGGAUUUAUGUUGCUUCAGAUCAUAAUUUCCCAAUCAAUUGGUUAAAAUCCUCCAAACUCUGAAAGCGACACAUUGCUACCCCAGAGAUGACAGGGCAUAGUUCUUCUUUCUGACUUUAGGAUCAAGCCCCCGGGAACGGUGAAUCAGUGCAUAGCGACUUACUUUCAAGAGACAGAUGACAUGAACUGUCUGGUGCUACAACUUAGCCAACAUAAUUGAUGCUACUAUUUUUUUUUGAUGCUACUCCUUUUUUUUUUUGUAUUGCUAAUUCAAAUAUUGUUAGUAUUAUUUUAUGUCAUUAAAAAAAAAACACAUGGUUGGGGAAGCACAAUUUUACCUGUCACUGUCCCCCAGAGUGGUUGCAUGAUGUGCAUGGCCUGAUCCGUUGCCCUCCCUGCAUCUCUGUGCUGCUUCGCCAGGCCCAACCUCCUUAAGGGGUACCUCAGGGGGUACCUCGGUAUUUAAAACCAGACCGUAACCAUAGCCUGUCAUUGUGUGGCAUCAAUAAAUGGCUAGCCUCA